CCGUUCCUUUGGCUCAAGCCUCGCUCGUCCCGGGGAUCCGCGGUUGGUCUGGCAGCGGGUGCCCAUGACGAGUCUCAGUUGUUUGAUAGCUUCAUGUCUCUUCAUCAGCUUGGAUUUCAGUGAACAUGCUGCCUGGGCGUUGCGGCAGAGCGAAAUGGCAGGGAUGGGCUGGCACGGAGCGCCCUUGAAGCCGUUGAGUUGGUUCGACAAGUUCAAACUGCUCUUUCCGGAAUGGAUUCCCUGGUGGGUUCGCCCACACGGGUUGGACUUGAAGCAGAGAGAGGUGUCCUACUUGAUGGAAGUGAUCGAUCAGUCGUCCAGCGACGAAGGCUUUUGCACGCUGGUGAAGCAUUUCAGCAAGGGCAAGUGCACACCGACCAUGACCUGUGACGAGUGCGUGGACGAGCGCAUGAACGAAGUCAUCGCUGAUCACAAAGAGGAAAUGAAGCUGUUGCGAAAGAAGAGGAGGAAAAAGGAGGACAAACCCACUGCUGUCAUCGUCCUAGGUGGCGUUGGGAGCGGAAAGACCACCUUCGUGAAGACCCGCUUGGACUUGGAGCUGGGGAAGGACUAUCGAAACUUCUGGAAAACUGCUCUAGCGCUGAAUGCAGACGACCUGCGCUCCGACCUACUGGGCGGAUAUGAAGUUUAUUCGGCCUACUUCACGCAGGCUUACUUCAAGGAGACCGAGCGGAGCAAAGCUGGUCCGUCCCAGCGAGUCUUCCAAGCGGGCAAUCGCUUGCGGCGGGCGGUUCAGAACGAUGCGCUGGAGCAGCAGGUGAAUCUCAUCGCUGACUCUUUGACCCUGCCUGUCUUCGUGGCAGAGGAGUUCAAGAAGACAUGCAAGGUGAAGGUCUUCUAUAUCGAGAUUCCCGGAGCAAAUUGGUCCCAGAAGGUGCAGACGGCUUCGGAGCACGUGAAGCACCGCAUGGCGCGGGGGGGGGCACUACGCUCCGGUCUCGGUGGAGCAGAUCCAGAGGAGUCGCAACUCCGCGCUGGCGCUCCAGCAGGCUGGUUUCGAGGUCCAAUGCUUUCAGCCGCGUCAGGGAGACUUUCACCCCUGCAAGCUGCUGGAGUCAAGGGAUGGAACCGCUGAGCUCCCAGAUCAAGCCACCCAGUGACGCGCUGCUUGAGCGACUCUCAGCAUCGCCCGCGGCCAAAAGGAUCGAAGCUCGUGAAGCUCGUUGGGCGAUGGGCCCACCGCGAUGUGGGCUUUGGACGCACCUCAAAGAAAGAGC